AACAUGCCUGAAAAUAUUUGAGUAAAUGAUAACUAAACCAAUACUUGCGUACCGAAUGCUUAACCGAUAAAAUCAAUUAUUUUUAUAUUAAAUUGAACCGGCAGUAGAGAUGAUUAAAACGCCCCCUUCCUCACUCCCCAAGCAACGGGCGGAGUUUCUGAAACCUAGUCGUUGAGAUUGCUGACCAAAAAAAAAACAAAAGUGUCCGUGAGAUUGAUCGUAGCCAUGGGAGGAGUAUCGUUCAAUUUUGGUGAGCUGCUGAAGUCGGUGGAGGAGGCUCAGGAGCAUGCGGAGAUCACCUCUCAUCACUCCAAUUUCGCUGAGUCCACCGAGGCUGUGCUCAAUCUCGUUUGCACUACUUGCUGCAAGCCUUGCCGCUCCAGAACCGAAAGCGAGUUGCAUACGAAAAGAACGGGGCAUACUGAGUUUGUGGAUAAGAUAAUGGAGACAGUUAAAUCCACCAGCUUAGAAGCAGCUCCUAAGCCUGCUAUGGAGAUUGACAACCCUGAUGAUUGUUCUAGUGGUAGUGGAGAUUCUGCUGAAGAGAUGGUUGUUCCAGAGGUUGACAAAAACAUACUCGAGGAACUUGAAGCGAUGGGCUUCCCUAAAGCUCGUGCUACCCGAGCACUCCACUACUCUGGUAAUGCAAGUCUCGAGGCUGCAGUUAAUUGGAUGGUGGAGCAUGAGAAUGAUCCUGACGUUGAUGAAUUGCCAAAGGUGAAAAGCGUUGAUUGGAUCAGCAAACUCUCGAAUGAUGUAUUGCUGAUGAUAUUAUCGAGACUUUCUACCAAAGAAGCCAUAAGGACGAGUGUUUUGUCGACACGAUGGGAACAUGUGUGGAAGCACGUGUCUCAUCUUGAUUUCGACAAGCCAGAGAUUAAUAGUUCCACAGAGUUCUGUGAGGAGCCCAAUCCAGAUGAUACAUUGAUUACUAAGGUUAUAAUCAAACAUCUUGGACAAUUAGAGAGCUGUGUACUCAAUUAUUCCUCAUCCCAAGGUCGAACUGGAAUUCUCAAUAUUUGGAUUCAAAUAUUCACUAGCGUGAAACACACCAGAGUUCUCACACUGAACCGCCAUUAUGAUGGUUGUGGAAAAGUCUUCGAGUUUCCGUCAGACUCAUUCUCCCAUCCAAGCCUCAUGUCACUCUCACUAAGUUCAUACAUGUUCACAAGCUCAGAUCCCUUUAGAAACUGCUCUAAUCUUAGGACUCUCAAACUUGUAUUGAUCGAAGCCACCAACGUUGAAGUCUUUAAUACGCUACUCUCAUCUUGCCCUUCUCUCGAGGUGCUUGUAUUAAACAUCAGGUGCUUCUACGAGACUAGGGGUCCUUUGAAGAUUGAGAACAGCAAAUUGAAGCUCGUGCAUGUGUUGCUUAAGCGUAACAUUGGUGGCCUUGAAGUGUCAUCAACUAGUCUAGACAUCCUCGUCGUUGAAGAUACCUCUUUUGGGAAGAAGGACUUUUUCCUUUCAUCCCCCAAAGUCCAGUUUACUAAUAACUUUUGGGUUGCAGGGAGGUUCGCACCACAAAUCAGCUACUAUAUAUCCAAGGAGGAAAAAAGCAUUGUGCAUGAAGAAUUUAUGAACAACAUAUCCGGUGGGCUUUGUGAAUCGAUUGGAGAUGUGCUUAAAUCAAUGUCGGUGAGUAUAGAUUUAAUGAAUCGGACAGAAGUAGAGAGGUUACGACAAGUCUUACGUUUAUGGAUUUGUGAAAUGUUGGUACUCGAAAUCAUAUUUAAGGAUAACAAGAAUGCUCCUAAUGAGUCUUGGGAGAAGAAGUUGUGGGAAGAGGAUAAUAACAAUAAUGUUGUGUUCCCCAAUGCUAAAUUCCGCGUGAAGGCUCUAUGGAUGCCUAACUUCAGCGGUUCAGAGGAAGAAUUUGCCUUUGUGUCCUGUUUGAUCAAGCAUGGGACGGUGGUGGAUAAGAUGAUGAUAAAGACGUCGGCGUUUGCUGCAAGUAAGAAGUUGGAGAUAGAAGCUGCAGUGGAUAAGCUAAGAGCGCUUCAAACAGAAGAAGACCAACUAUUGAUCAAAUGUUUCUGACGGAAUUUAUAUCUUUUCAAUCUACUUUUGAAAUAUUUUACAGUUGUAAAAAAAAAAAAUCUUUUGGUUGCAAGAAUUAGUCAACAAAAUAAUUAGCAGGGGGACUUAGUUAGCACA